CGCUCCUCACCUGCACACAUUUCAAUACUCACAACAUGGCACCUGCUGGCGGGGGUGUUGUGCUGGCGGCUGUGUCGCUGCUGUACUUGUGCGGUGCAAUUUUAUCCAGCGAGUAUUUCUCCACGUUGACCUUGUUCAACAGCGAUCUUCAUAAGCACGGCUGCAGCUCUCCGGCUGAGUGGGAGGAGUAUGCGGCGGAUUGCGAGUCAUCUAUCCUGCAACUAAAAGAUCCAGAUUGUGAAGAGGGGAGUAACCUGCCAUGCGAGUCCAUCUUCUCACUCAAUGCAGAGAAAAUCCUUAAUCAGGCAAAGUUAUUUGUUGAACAGCGUCGUUUUCCAUUUGCUGUGGAAAACCAAAAUACCAAUGAAGAACUUGCCAUAGGAUAUGUUCUCAUUGGAAAUAGCCUCUAUGAUGAAGCUAUCAAACACUUCUCCUUGCUGCUACAGGGAGAUCAUGAGCUGGUCAGUGCCAUCUAUGGUCGGGGAAUAGCGUACGGCAAAAAAAGUCUACAGGACAUUAAAAAUGCAGACUUGGCUCUGUAUGAGUUGAGUCGAGUCAUCAUUUUGGAGCCCAACCGACCAGAGGUGUAUGAACAGAGAGCAGAAAUUCUGUCUCCUCUGGGCCGCAUCGGUGAAGCUUUGUCUGAUCUAACUAAAGCCAUUCAGCUACAGCCUUCAGCUCGACUUUACAGACACAGGGGGACACUGCUCUUUAUAUCAGAGGAUUAUAUGGCAGCUAUGGAGGAUUUUCAGCAGUCUCUGGAGCUGAAGAAAAAUCAACCAAUCGCUAUGCUUUAUAAAGGCCUGACCUUCUUCCACAGAGGCCUCCUUAAGGAGGCUAUAGAGGUGUUUAAAGAAGCUCUUAAAUUUAAUUCAGACUUCAUAGAUGCAUAUAAGAGUUUGGGCCAGGCUUACAGGGAGCUGGGUGAUUUUGAGAAUGCUAUGGAGAGCUUCCAGAAAGCUCUGAUACUGGAUCAGAACCACAUUCAGUCCCUCCAGCUCAGAGGAAUGAUGCUGUACCAUCACGGCAGCCUGCAGGAGGCCAUUGGCAACUUUAAGAGAUGUCUGCAGCUGGAGCCUUAUAAUGAAGUGUGCCAGUACAUGAAGGGACUCAGUCAUGUGGCCAUGGGGCAGUUUUAUGAGGGCAUCAAAGCUCAGACCAAAGUCCUACUGAAUGACCCUCUCCUGGGGCAAAAGGCCAGCUCUGAGUAUCUCAAAGUCAAAUACCUCAGAGAGUACUCCCGUUAUUUGCACUCUCAUUUGGAUGUACCUGUUGCUGAAUAUAAUGUUGAUCAAGAUUUACCGGGAAACUUUAAGAACCACUGGGCUAAAAACCUUCCCUUCCUCAUAGAGGACUAUGAAGAGCAGCCCGGACUUCAGCCUCAUAUUAAAGACGUUCUACCUCAGAAUUUUGAAAGCUACUCUGCAGAUGUUCAAAAGCUCAUCUGUACAGCAGAUCAUCUUGGCACGCUAAUGCAAUACGACACAUUAGGCUUCUUACCAAACCUCAGAAUAAACAGAGCGAUGGGUUUGGCCACCAUAGAGGUGAUGCAGGCCAUGCAGCGUACCUGGAGUAACUCAAAGGUUCGAGUCAAUGGAAAGACCAGACAGCUGCAGUGGAGAGACAUGUUUGAUAUCGCAGUGAAAUGGAGAAGAAUUGCAGAUCCAGACCAGCCUGUGUUGUGGUUGGAUCAGAUACCUGCCAGGACACUUAGCAGAGGAUUUAACAACCACAUAAACCUCAUCAGGGGGCAGAUCAUCAAUAUCAGAUAUUUGGAAUAUUUCACUAGCAUUCUCAGCUUUGUAAAGGACAGGAUACUGGUUUAUCACAGGGCGUAUAACCCACAAGGUCUUCAGGAAGUGAAGCAGGCUCUGGAGAGUGUGAAUAAAGUGGAGGACCUACUGCCCAUCAUGAAGCAAUUCAACAGUAAAACCAGAGACGGCUUCACAGUUAACUCAAAAGUACACAGUAUGAAGGAUCCUGGAAAAGAAUAUGACGGUUUUACCAUCACCAUCACUGGAGAUCGAGUGGGCAAUAUGUUGUUUUCUGUGGAGACUCAGACCACAGAUGAGAGGACACAGCAGUAUCAGUCAGAGAUUGAUGCUCUCUACAAAGAUCUCACUGCCAAAGGCAAAACCCUCAUGCUCUCAACUGAACUAGGGGAUGCAGAUGCAGUGUGUAAUUUAAUUCUGUCUUUGGUGUAUUACUUCUGUAAUCUCAUGCCACUGUCCAGAGGCUCCAGUGUUGUGGCAUACUCUGUUGUCAUGGGAGCACUAAUGGCCAGCAGGAAAGAGGUGCUGGGCCGGAUCCCAUCUGGAAAGCUGUUUGACUUUGAGGCAAUGACCACAGCCAGUCCUGAUCGCUUCAGUAAGACAGUCAAAAGCUGGAUGAACUUAAAGAGUUUGCCGAGUUGGUACCAGAACAUUCCAUCGGUUUCAGAGACGUUCCAAUUCACAAGGACCAUGAUUGAAGUUCUGAACACAGACUCGUCUUCACACUGUCCCAAGAAAUCUUGAACUUGAAAUGCCAUCCAGUUAUUGAAAAAAUACAGUAAAGAGUCACUUUGCUAAGUGAAUCUUUGCUCAUAGUUCUCACUUUUGCAUUGGUUGAGUUUUUACAUAUCCAAUUUAAAUUGAAAUCCAAUUGUUUUUGUUUAUUUUACUUUAAAAUAGUUAUAAUAUUUUCAAGGUUGAUUCCGUUUUAUUCAAGUUUUAGAUUACAUUUUACAAAUGUAUUCUGCCAUUUAUCAUGUCAUUUAAAGAAACGGUUCACUCAAAAUUGAAAAUUUUCAUUCACUUCUCCAAAUCCAAAUUAUGUAAAUUUUUCCACUAAACACAAAAGGAUAUUUUUUUUAAGAAUAUGCUUUUCCAUAUAAUUAAAGUGACCUGACGAAUGGGGAUGUCAAGUUAAAAAUGAAAAAACAAAGCAGCAAGUAUUCCAUACCACUUCUGCACUAUAUUCCAGGUCUUCUGAAUUCAUACGAUAGCUUUGUGUGAGAAGCAAACUACUUAUUUACUGAUAAUGUAUCCCCUGCCAAAAAAAAAGUAUUUCUUUAUAGUUUGGCUAUUGCAAGAAUCUGUUUUCACACUUCAAGCUGUUAAAAAAAGCAGAAAAUGUAGCAGAAGUUUAAUGAAAAUGUUAGAUAAAUGUCCUUCAUUUACAAAAAAUUUUGUUUUUGAGACAUUCAUUUUUUUGUUUUUAGAGUUGAAUCUGUGACAUUGCAGAGAUUUUCUUUGUUGAAUUAACUAAGCAAUAUUCUUCAGUUUUGAGUUCCAUUGAGUACUUUAACACAGUGAGGAAAGAUGUUUGCAAAUGUGUUUGUUUAAAAAUAGGACAUAAGUUGUAUUGCCAUGUUCAUUGUCCACACUGGCUGGUGUAACUCUUUUUGUUGUAUCUAUUUAAUGGCUAAAUGGUGUGCAUCAGAUUCUGGAGAUAUUAAUUAGAUUUUUAGGAACACUGGGAACAGUUGCACCUCAAAGAAAGACUCUCUUUGUUGCACUCAUUACAUCCUUAAUUGUAUUUUAGAAGUGUAUUAAGGUGGACCAUUUUAAAUAUUUUAUUUUUCUGUUUUCCUAUUAAUUUCAUGGUUGGUGCUUUAAUUUAUUUUCCAGUGAAAAAUUAAAGAAAAGCAGUGAGUUUUCUUUUUCAGAAAGGGGAACGAAAAUCAGGUUCUUUAACGGCAAAAAAGAAAAAAAACUUGAAAAUGUACAAAUCUGUGAUUUUCAUUUGAUGGGAAAGAGCCACAGUCAAUAAAAUGAGUUGAAU